UCUUGGCACCGUGGGCUACCUGAAGUUACAAGAGUGGCUGGUGGGGUUCACAGGGGCCAGGCAACCUGACUGUGCUUUUUCAUAUGUUUGAAAGAGAGAGUGGGUGGGAACCGAACCAAGUAAAGUCCCAGAGACUCAAAUACUGACGCACAGGAAAGCCUCAAGUAGGAGGAGAAAUGCAAAUCCCCUACUGAUGAUGACAUCAGCAGCUUUGUCCUGGGGAGUGUGAGAGGCAAUACUGACUUUGGACUUGAGCACCUGCCUGGGACCUGGGGUGAGAGAGGGCCAGCAUGUCUCAGUGGAAUCAAGUUCAACAGUUAGAAAUCAAGUUUUUGGAGCAAGUGGAUCAAUUCUAUGAUGACAACUUUCCUAUGGAAAUUCGACAUCUACUGGCACAGUGGAUUGAAAAUCAAGACUGGGAGGUGGCUUCUAACAAUGAAACCAUGGCAACAAUUCUUCUUCAAAACUUACUAAUACAACUGGAUGAGCAGUUAGGUCGUGUUUCCAAAGAGAAAAACCUGCUCUUGAUACACAAUCUGAAAAGAAUUAGGAAAGUCCUUCAGGGAAAGUUCCAUGGAAAUCCAAUGCACGUAGCUGUGGUUAUUUCAAAUUGUUUAAGGGAAGAGAGGAGAAUAUUAGCUGCAGCCAACAUGCCUGUCCAGGGACCCCUGGAGAAAUCAUUACAAAGUUCUUUGGUUUCGGAAAGACAGAGGAAUGUGGAGCACAAAGUGGCUGCCAUUAAAAACAGUGUUCAGAUGACAGAACAAGACACCAAAUAUUUAGAAGACCUACAAGAUGAAUUUGACUACAGAUAUAAAACAAUUCAGACAAUGGAUCAGGGUGACAAGAACAAUGUCCUGAUGAAUCAGGAAGUUUUGACUCUGCAAGAAAUGCUUAAUAGCCUUGACUUCAAGAGAAAGGAAACCCUCGGCAAGAUGACACAGAUAGUCAAUGAAACGGACUUAUUGAUGAACACCAUGCUAAUAGAAGAGCUGCAAGACUGGAAAAGGCGCCAGCAAAUCGCCUGCAUUGGAGGUCCACUCCACAACGGGCUCGACCAGCUUCAAAACUGCUUUACACUUUUGGCAGAAAGUCUUUUCCAACUCAGAAGGCAAUUGGAGAAAUUAGAGGAGCAGUCUACUAAAAUGACAUAUGAAGGUGAUCCCAUCCCACUCCAAAGAGUGCACCUGCUAGAAAGAGUCACCUUCUUGAUCUACAAUCUUUUCAAGAACUCCUUUGUGGUUGAACGACAGCCAUGCAUGCCAACCCACCCUCAGAGGCCAAUGGUGCUGAAAACCCUCAUUCAGUUCACUGUCAAGCUAAGACUACUGAUAAAGUUGCCAGAGCUAAACUAUCAGGUAAAGGUUAAAGCAUCAAUUGACAAGAAUAUUUCAACUUUAAGCAACAGAAGAUUUGUUCUGUGUGGAACUCAUGUCAAAGCCAUGUCCAUUGAAGAGUCUUCUAAUGGGAGUCUUUCAGUGGAAUUUCGACAUUUGCAACCAAAGGAAAUGAAAUCCAGUGCUGGAAGCAAAGGAAAUGAGGGCUGUCACAUGGUGACAGAAGAACUUCAUUCCAUAACCUUUGAGACGCAGAUCUGCCUCUAUGGCCUGACCAUCGAUUUGGAAACCAGCUCAUUACCUGUGGUGAUGAUUUCCAACGUCAGUCAGUUACCUAAUGCUUGGGCGUCCAUCGUUUGGUACAACGUGUCAACCAAUGAUUCCCAGAACUUGGUUUUCUUUAAUAAUCCUCCAUCUGCUACUUUGAGUCAACUCCUGGAAGUGAUGAGCUGGCAGUUUUCUUCAUAUGUUGGUCGUGGACUUAAUUCAGAUCAACUCAACAUGCUGGCAGAGAAGCUUACAGUCUUAUCUAGCUACAGUGAUGGUCAUCUCACCUGGGCCAAGUUCUGCAAGGAACACUUACCUGGCAAAUCAUUUACCUUUUGGACAUGGCUUGAAGCAAUAUUGGAUCUAAUUAAAAAACACAUUCUUCCACUUUGGAUUGAUGGGUAUAUCAUGGGUUUUGUUAGUAAAGAAAAGGAACGGCUCUUGCUAAAGGACAAAACGCCUGGAACAUUUUUAUUAAGAUUCAGUGAAAGCCAUCUUGGAGGAAUAACUUUCACCUGGGUGGACCAUUCCGAAAAUGGAGAAGUGAGAUUCCACUCUGUAGAACCCUACAAUAAAGGCCGGUUGUCUGCUCUGCCAUUCGCUGACAUCCUCCGAGACUACAAGGUUAUUAUGGCUGAAAACAUUCCAGAAAACCCACUGAAGUACCUCUACCCUGACAUUCCCAAAGACAAAGCCUUUGGUAAACACUACAGUUCUCAGCCAUGCGAAGUUUCAAGACCAACAGAAAGGGGAGACAAAGGUUAUGUUCCUUCUGUUUUUAUCCCCAUCUCAACAAUCCGCAGUGAUUCAACUGAGCCCCAUUCUCCAUCAGACCUUCUUCCCAUGUCUCCAAGUGUUUAUGCCGUGCUGAGAGAAAACCUGAGUCCCUCAACAAUUGAAACUGCAAUGAAGUCUCCGUAUUCUGCUGAAUGAUAGGAUAAACUCUGACACUCAAAAGGAGGAAGCAAAUGAAAAAGUUUAGAGACUGAUCUUUGCCAGCAAUCAAAUCAUAUUUCUUCAGUUUUGUAAAUUCCAGGAAAUGGUUGAAGCCUGAAACUCUUCUCCCCCACAAAACACCUCCAAUUGGGAGUGUCAUGAUUGAAAUGCUAAAACCCAAAGCUUCAGAUAAACUUGUGAGAUAAAUCAACUUUAAGAAACCAGUGUUAACAUCAAUACAACUAUUCACAGGAGA